UUUAUACUCUAUCUGUGAUCAAAAUGCCUACGUUUCAUUUCAAAAGACGUAUUUUCAUUUAAUAUUUUCAGUUUUUAAUUUAAAAUAUAAAAUCACAAGCAAAUAAUUAAUUAAAUUUUCUAAUUUGCUUUAUGUUUAGUGAAUACCCACUAUUUACAGUUGCAAAUUAAGGUAGACAACUGUAGACAACAAAAACGAAUGUCAGCACAAAAGAAACACGGUGCAAAACAAAAGAUUUUGAGACAUUUUCCAAUUGGAAUAUUGGUCCCACUGCAAUCAAAGCCAACUUCAUGCUGAUUGGACUUUCGUGGAAUGUGGAACGCCCAGUUAUGUGGAUAACGUUCAUACCGAAUGUUGAACGGAUUUGGCCGUAUUAGUUCUGUUGACGCCGUCGUGAAAAAACGUUUAGUCGACGCGGUGUUACUGGAAGUUAAGAAAAAGCAAAAAAAGUGGUUAGAGAGCAGAAUUAAAUAAAAAAUUUAGUGUAUAAAGAACAAAAAGUACUAUAUUAACGACGCUUGCGGGCAAAGCUAACAGCACAUAAAAUCACCUUGUGUGAUAAUCUCUUUGACCGGCUGUCCUUAUAAUCACUUAAUUUGAGCGCAUUGAAAAAUCCUUUGAAUGCAAAAUUACUUAAAUAGUGUUUGAAAUGUUAUGCUAAUAUAAAGUAAAACGCAGAAAACCUAAAAUUUAGAAACGUGUCUAAACAACGCAGUAACAGAUAAUUAAAUCAUACAUAUAUUUCAAAAUCAUAUAUGUAUAUAUCUAAAUACCUUUAAAAUAUUUUAAAUUCUUUACAUAUACAUACAUACCUACUUAAAUCAAAAAAAAAAACAAGGUACUUAUCGCUAUUCCCUCCCAUUAAAUAAGCAACAAAUCAUCGCUUGCUUGUUAAAAAAAAAAAUUAAGCGUAAUCUUAAAUGUGCUUGUGUUAACCAAUUCAAGUAUUAAAUAAAAGUACUAACGCUUAAUAAUAAAAAAAAUAAAUUAAAAGUUUUAAAAAUUGUAAAAAUAUAUACAAAUCGAUAUAUCUUUGCACAACAACCUACAUAAUUAAUACUAAAUAUUUAAUUAUUAAUAAUAAACGCAAUAACUUAAUCGCAACAUUUAAAUGUGUUAUUAGUGCUUGCAAAUAAAUUAAUCAAAUCUAUGCGUAUUACAAACGCUUAAUCAACCAAUUAGUGCGUAAUUAACUAACGCUGACAGCUUAAGCGUGUUACUUACACUAAUACAUACAUACAUAUUACAUAAUUUGUGUAAAAUUCUGUAAAAAAAUCAAAAACUAAAUAAUUCACACCCAAUUUCCGUCUAAAGUGUCUCUAUCAAAAUCUCUGUUGUGCGUCCUUUGCAUCCAUCCAAUUAUCAAAACCCCUUGCAUUUGAAAUGUAUUUCAGUAAUUAAUAUGUAACAUAUAUGUUGUGCAUCAUGUGUGCCCCAAAUAAAUUCAAAUUGAAAAGUGUAACCUAAUACCAAUUUCAUUAUUUAGUGUGUCACAAAAAAAAAAAAAAUUUGAAAAAUAAAAAUUGAAAUCAAUAAAAAAUUAUUUAAUUCAAAUAUACGAUAUAUUUGGAUUUGUGCAUUAUCUGAAUUUGUGUGUGUGUGUGUUUUGAAAAUACCGAAAAAACACCGAAAAUUGUGUGUGCAAACUAAAUCAAACUGUUUUAAAUACUAAAUAAUAUAUAAAACUUACAAAAUGGCGGACAUAAUACGUCCGCCGUUUAGUGAUAUUAAGCGGCCAGACGAAAUCGUCAGGAUGACCACCGCCGACAAUCUGAAGUUCGCCGUUCUCAUCGGACUGAUCGAGGUUGGUCAGGUGACCAAUCGGGAGGUCGUCAACACGGUUUUACAUUUGGUAAGUGUCAACACCGCAUUAGAGUUAAUAAUAUUUGAAUCACAGCAACGUGAGUAGACACCAUAAGAAAUCUUACAGCUUUGGUGUGCACAAUGUGGAAGGGCUUUGCUUUCCCAAAAGGAAACCACAAAGAAAAUGUCGUCUCAAAAGUUAUCUACCGACUGCUGUUAUCUCGCCAUACAACAGUUAGAUUUGUUGGAUUUUGUUCUGCAACCUUUUUCUGGUUGUUAAAAAAAGAAAAGAAAAGGAAUUUAUCCCCAUAAAUGGGUUAUCUCUUAGUCUUAGCUAUAAUUGUACGGUCAGCGUGUUUUGAGGCUUAGGACAUUUGUUGCGACCGUUUAUUCUACUUUUUUCUUGCUUUUGCUUUCUUCUUUGCUUCUUUGAUACUUUCCGUGACGACUGUUGUUGUUGCUGUUGCUGGUAAAUCUUAACCCAUGUGUAAGCCUAAAUACGGCGACAAUUUGACAGCUUAGCUUUUACUUUUAUUUGCUGCUUUUGGGACAAUCUGCGGCGCAACAACAACAACAACAAUAAAAGCAAAUCCCUGCCGAAAUCAUUAACAAAUCUUUGAAGUAUACAAAUACUGGUGCACGCAUGUACAUCUGUUUAUAUAUAUACAUACGUAUAUCUAUACAGUUAUUCAACUUGUAUUUGUAUCCUUUUGCGCUACAAACAGCAUAGAUGGCAAUUUUUAUGCCCUCGCGUGUGACGUGGGUGUGGGUGCACUUGCUUUAAUGUCCCGUACGACGGGCAUUACCAACAGGAUUGUGCGAGGAUUUAGCAUUUUUCGCUUCGCAUGAAGGGUAAAUGAAUGUUAGUCAGCUGUUGUGGCAUGCAUUGUGAGACGCUUAAGCAACGGCGGUGAGGUCUUAAGCAUACACAUCAAGACGUGAUACAUUUGUUGUUGCUGUGGUUUUCUUAUUUCAUUCAUUAUAUGGCGUACAAGCCCAUUUUCGCAUACAUAUCUGAAUAGGCAUAUAUGUGUGUGUUGACUUCAUGUAUGUAUUCAUAUGUGGCUCGUUCGCAUUUGUAUCGAUUUGCCGUUUACAACUGGUCAUUACCAUUAUUCAUAUUUAUUAUUGGCAUUGACAUUUUUAUUGCUGUUAUUAUUGCAUUUUCUUACAUUUAAUUUCCGUAGAAACCAUCUCGAUAAACACGCCUACACUGCAAUAUUUCUUACUCAUUUAACUUGAUUUGGGUAACGGUAGUAGUAACACGAUAAGCAGUUGUUUGGUAAUUCAACGCGUUAAUCGUAGGAUCUGCUUUGGUUUGUAAUAAUCCGGAAUCUUUCGGGAACUUAAAAGUUUCACUAGAACUCAUUCGACGCUAUUUCCUGCAUUUUA